AUUGAUCGGUUGCGCGAUUCCCUUCUUCAUGAUGGAACCUGUCUCCCCUCUAUCAAAUUAAAGUUGUCUGUACUGUCAAAGGAGUACUGACUGUGCAGCAAAACGAGUCCUUAAAAUCCCAUCAUCAACCUCGACUCCAGUUCUCGUCAUUCCUCCCAGCUAAAACAUCAUGUUCCACUCAAUAAUUUCCAGGGAAUUCGUCCUACUAUGGUGCCUAUUCUCCACUUCCUUCAGUGUACCUACAUCAUUACCACAGAGAAUUUACGAUGAAUUGUACACGACGAGCAGACCAAGCAGGACAAUCGUAGAAUUGAAAAGUACACCACGACCAAUACCGAAGAGUCUGGGGUUGAUGAAGACCACAAAUAGUGAAACUUCGACAACAACUUCAACACCACCAGCUCCCAAGAUAUUGUCGGGUGGUCCAGUACUUUAUAGGCUUAAUAGCCCCGAUGGACGGGCAUGUAUUCUCCUUCAAGUUGAUGCUCUUAUUUCUGCAAAGUAUCGCACAACCUAUGGAGAUGAACGCACAGCGAAUAUUUACAUUCCGGAUCAUGCCACUGUCACUGGAAACUGCGAGAAAGAAAAUUUUGUCACUAUGUCACUCAAGUGGGACGCUUACGUAUUGUCUUGGAGCUUCGCAAAGACACCCGGGGGUGAGAGAUGGUACGUGGAUAAAAUCGAGUUGACUUACAACUCCAGUGACCGUCAUUUCGAGCAUAUCGAUCAACCCAAGAAAACGAUUCGACUGAGUACCAAUCAGAAAUCCAAUCCAACGCUGUUUCCAACUCCCGUCGGAAAGUCGUUCAUCUGCGAGGAAAUUGAUCUUCCCCUCUCAGAUGGAAAGAACAAUGCAACCCUAGAACUCAGAGCAAUCCAACUGCAGCCAUUCAAAUUCAAGACUAACGAUUUUGCCGAGUCUUUUUCCUGCAAAUCUCUGAGCGCACGAGCUGGAAGGGAUGAAACAGCACCAGUUGCUGUUGGAUCAACUCUAGCUGCUGCUGUACUUUUAACAAUCACUGGUUACGCUGGCUGGCGGUACUUCAAAAUUAAGAAGGUCAAGUAUGAUACGAUGGAGUAAAUUUUCCAUUGUUGAAACACAACGGGAAAUACGUAAGAAUGAGAUACUAAAUUCCUACAAUUCUUGGCCUUAGGUUUAAUCGAUAUAGCAUUCAUAUAGAUUUUCGAAUACAACCGAAUAUUAUUAUGUCAACUUAUGGAUAAAAAUCAUAUGUCGACUGUUCGUUGUUGAACAGAAAUAUUAACAUGCAAAUAACAUGUUAUGCGGAAAUGAAAGGACCCUCAUUGUCGCAAUCGAUAAUGUUUGAGUUACGAAAUUGUUUCAGUUUCUAUUGACAGUUGCUCCCUAUUGAUGCUUUCGUAUCGAUAAUGGUAUAUUCCAUUUCUGUAGUCUAUACCCAUGAGGUCAAUUGUUUCAGUUUUCAUAAAUAACUCUGACUUAAUUUAAUAAUAAUUAAAUGGUUAUUUAAUUAGCGCAAUUUUUAUGUCAUUAGGAUAAUUUAAAAGAUAAAUUUAUCGUCGUGCAGUUAUCACAAUUAUUUUUGCG